CACCAAUGGGUGCUCCCAUUGGGUUAAGUUACUCACUGGAAGGGCAAGUUGGAUGCUAAAUAGCCGCCGUGAGCAGAGCUGUUUUAUUAUUUCGCGAAAGCAUGGCAGGAGAGGCCACGCGGGCGUGACGCCUAACGAUGAUCACGUACCCUCCUCCCUUCUCUUCAGUUGAAGUUGUGUCACCGUCACAUGGCUCUGCUCCGAAGAUGCCCACGUCCCGGCGCGGCGCUCCACAGAAGUCGCCCCUUCGGCACGCUGAGGGAAGCUAAGCGCAGGGGCCUGUUGUGGAAGACGCUUGUCGGCGUCUCGGUCGGCCUCCCCGUGGCGGCGGGCGUCCAAUACGCCGCGUCCGACCCCGGGGACCGGAGGAGGACCAAGAUUUUGAUCGAAGGGUUCGGUCGCUUUUGCAGGUGUCUCUCUGUGGGAAUGCUGAUCUCCGUGGAUUACUGGUGGACCAGCAACGUGGCUCUUCGCGGCCAAGACGAGAGCAGCCCAUCCUACUUGCCUGAGAUGUCAGCGUGCCACCAAAGGGCAGCGGACUGCAUGGUGGAAGGAGCCCUUAGCAACGGAGGCAUCUACAUCAAGCUCGGCCAGGGCCUGUGUUCCUUCAACCACCUGCUGCCCCCCGAGUACAUCCGCACCCUCCAAAUCCUGGAAGACAAGGCCUUGAACCGCAGGAGCAAAGAGGUGGACGCCCUCUUCCGGGAAGACUUCGACAAGACGCCCGAGCAGAUCUUCAAAGAGUUCGACUACGAGCCCAUCGCCGCCGCCAGCCUGGCCCAGGUCCACAAGGCGGAGCUGUUCGACGGGACACCGGUCGCCGUGAAGGUGCAGUACAUCGACCUCAGGGAUCGCUUCGACGGGGAUAUCAGAACAUUAGAGAUCCUGCUGGAUGUUGUGAAGUUCAUGCACCCCAGCUUUGGAUUCCGAUGGGUUCUCAAGGACCUGAAGGGGACACUGGGUCAAGAGCUGGAUUUUGAGAACGAGGCCAAGAAUUCCGAGAGGUGCGCCGAGGAGCUGAAACACUUGAGUUUUGUCGUGGUGCCCAAAGUCUUCUGGGAGCAGACCAGCAAGAGGGUGUUGACGGCGGAGUUUUGCAGCGGGUGCAAAAUCAACGACGUGGAGGAAAUCCGAAGACAAGGACUGAGUUUGAAAGACGCCGCCGAUAAGCUGAUCCGAGCGUUCGCCGAGCAAAUAUUCUACACCGGCUUCAUCCACGCCGACCCUCACCCUGGAAACGUGCUAGUGAGACGAGGUCCUGACAAAAAGGCCGAGCUGGUGCUGUUGGACCACGGCUUGUACGAGUUCCUCAGCCAGCGCGACCGAGUGGCCCUCUGCAAGCUGUGGCGGUCCAUAGUCCUGAGAGAUGAGGCAGCAAUGGAGAAGUACUCCAGAGCACUCGGGGUCAAAGAGUACCUGCUCUUCUGCGAGAUGCUGCUGCAGCGACCCAUCGACAUGCGGGAGCUGGGUCUGUCCAACAUCCUGAGCCGAGAGGAGACCAGCUACAUGCGCCAGAUGGCCAGCGAGCGCUUCGACGGCGUCAUGCAGGUGCUGAAGUCCAUGCCGCGGCCCAUGCUGCUCGUGUUCCGCAACAUCAACACGGUGCGGAGCAUCAACAUCACGCUGGGAGCGCCGGUGGACCGCUACUUCGUCAUGGCCAAGAGUGCGGUGCGAGGCUGGGGGAAGAUCCAGGCGGCGAGGACGGGGCUGCUGCCCAGGCUCUGGGUCUUCCGCUGGGUGAGGACGACGUGGGAGGGCCUGAAGUUCCAGCUGGCUCUAAGGUGGGAGAUGGCAGCGAUGAGUCUGACGCGGUCCCUCGUGGGCCUGCUGUCGUACUUUGGCCUCGUGUCUCUGGACGCAGACGUGUACGAGUACCUGAGGUAGCGGACAAUAAGGACCUUUACCCCCCCUCCCCUCCCCUCCCGUAGUAAUGGUGCUGCUCACAUUUGCACGAGGCUUCAACACCAAAUGGACCUGGACUCAGCUGUGACUCUGGACUCACCAGAGCUUUAAACUUUAAUUGUUUAGUGUAAUCUAAAGACAGAACCUAGGACAGCAAUUUU